UUUUAUAUGUUCUUCGGUAAUUAGUUCUUCCUCUUUAAUUCGCUACACUGUUCUCUGCUGUUGGUGAAUGAAAAGUUAAAAUGAGGUUUUGGGAGUGAUUUUCUGCAUGAUCUGAAUGUAAAUCUAAAUCCAAACUUCUGGAGGAUAUGACGAAACUACCGAAUAAUACAAUUAAACAGGAAGUAGAUGAACAAUCGUAGUCGGAUUAAAAUACCAAAGUUGUUAAGCCGCAGCUAAUAGGAAUCAACGUCAACAAUUACUAUGAAUGUGGAAAAAGUGUUCUCCGAUUUGGAGUCCAAUCAACCGCAUGAGUGCGAGGAGUCCAAACGAAAAUUAGUGGAAUUGUUUACACAGAAUAAAGAAACGUGGCCCGUGCACUACAUGAUGGAGUAUUAUUACAAAACAGGUUCCCAACGAAUUAUGGAGGUUUUGGUCAAAGUGCAGCCGCCACAUGAUAUAUUCAUUUUUGACAGGGUGUCUGAUUGGCUUAAAUUGCAAACACAUCGUUUGCAGGCUCUGAAAUUAUUAUUUUUCGUUGUACGCAACAAUCCAACUUGGUUAUUCAAAAUUGAAAAACAUCGCCUUAUAAAGGAUAUCUUUAAGCUGUUAAUGACGGAAAAAGAAAUCGUGCCACUAAUGAGCGCGCUACUUUGUAUAAUAACGUUACUACCAAUUAUACCUAACUUGGUUCCAAACCUAUUCGGUGAGUUAUUUGAAGUAUUCGGCCAUUUAGCUUCGUGGAAUUUGCAAAAUCCAAAAUCUCUACCUGGUGACAAGCUUGUGCAUCUCCAAUUGGGACUUCAAAUAUUAUUCAACCGGCUGUAUGGAAUGUAUCCUUGUAACUUUAUGGCCUUUUUAAGUGAUUUUAUUAAAAAAGAAAAAGGUGCAAUUUUCCAUCAUACAAUCAAGCCAUUGUUGGAGACUGUGCGCAUGCAUCCAAUGCUAGUUACAGCGACAAUGGAAAGUGAAGUUAAUCAAAUCAAUCGGUUUAAAGAAAAGGAGCCUCAUGACGUUGUAGAAGAGUGCGCAAGAUUAUCACUACCAAUGUUUCAUCAAGAUUUAAAUUCGAAACAAAUGAUCGCAUUGUUAAGAGGGCUAUUAGAUGCAAACUGUGAGGACCGAUUUACUUUGGAGGUAAAAAGAAGCAAUGAUAGCAGCUCGGUGUACAAUGUGGAUCAAAUACGAAGUAGCAAAGGUCCUGUGUGGCAACAUUAUUAUGAUGUUAAUAGAAGCUCGAGUGGUGGCGCGAUUUGGAGCCCUUAUAGUGAUAUAACAGCAUCCGGACCAAUGCCAUUAACACCAACGCCUUCUUAUAUGUUACCGCUACCGUCUACGAACGCUGCUGUUUCGAAGAUUACCAACCAAAUUACUGGUCUCUCGGGCUCAUCACCACCUGAAGCUGCUGUGGAGGCCACACCGGAGACUACACCCAUGAAAGACUUAAAAGAAUUUAAACAGCAUUUGGCAAAUCCCCAUGCAGUGCGUGCCAUUUUUGCUAGUCAACCAUCUUCGCCCUUGCGAAAAGAAAAUCAAAAUCAAUUUAAUUUCUCUGACUUAGCAACAGAUAGCAGUUCCGUUGGAACGGCGACGACGUUAAUUGAGCAGGAAGUUAAUACCCGAGUUGUGACCCGCGUUUCGACUACAUACGACAGAAGACUACAGCAGAUUGUACAAGACCGUAGUCGUUCGCAUAGUCCAUUUCAAACGAUUGAAUCCAUGAUGGCCAAACAUCAGAGGCCUUUUCGUUCCCCCAACGAAAUCAAUUCUAAAAGUGGAACUCCCGACAUUGAUCUGCACGAUAUGACCGGCAGCAACCAGUUGCGUGCGUCAGCUGUGCCGACACAAACCCCCACCCCUACAUCGACGCAAACACCAACGCCAUCAGUAACGCCUACCCCAAUCAUUUUCACGCAGUCUGGUUCGUCGGUGCCAACACCAAUAUCCACGUAUCCGACACUGGAAAAUAUUACAAAAAUCUGUAGUGAUUGCAACGAAACGGAUCGAUCCAUGUGCACUGAAGGCGGACUUCAAAUACCGACAAGUCGUUCUGUGCAACUCUUAAUAGCUAAUGGCAUUGAGCGUCGUAUCCGCAUGCUCAGCGACUGCUACAAUGAUUCAAGUUGCUUGGAUAUUGGGUUAGAUGAUAAGUGCAGCGGGGAAACGGAAGCGGAUGUAACUGAAGUGCGAACUGUUCGCCGAACAAGAUCGUGCCCUGCUAUAAAUCUGUUUUUACAUCAAAGCCCAGAUGAAGUUGAAGAGGACCUAUCCAGAAACGCUUUAAAACCGGACAAAUCACAACAUCGUUUGCAAAAAAGCGGAAAAAUGCUAGAUAUACCGACUAAACAAGAGCACACACUCGACACGGUCGAUAGGAUUAAUACACGCAAUAACAUCUCGACGCAGACAAUAGAGUUCGUGCCACAAAAAUAUGAACAUUCUUUGUUUGAAAUGUUAUUGGAAAGCGUUAAUCUACGUAACAAAUGUGAGCCCAACAAAUUAGGCCCACAGGAGAUACUCGAUCUGUAUGUUUCGCGUACGAUUCGUUCAAAGGAUACAUCUGACAAGAUAACUGGCCUAGAUCAGGAACAAUUCCAACUUGUUUGCCUACAGCUGCAAUAUGAACGGCAUCGACGAGAAAUGCAUGCAGAACGAAACCGUCGUUUAAUGGGACGAAGUCGUGAUAAGCGUAGUGUGGAAAUGGAACGCGAUCGCUUGCGUGAACAGGUGAAGAGUAUCACCGCUAAGAACAUGGAACUAGUGAGGCAAAUCGAAAAGAACACAAAGCAACAUAAUGCUCGCGAACAAUUGUAUGUUGAUGAAUUGACACAAAUCAAGUUGAAAUACCAAAGGGAAAUCGAGCAAAAUGAGUGCCUUCGACAGGCCAAUGAAAAUUUACAAGCACGUCUGAAUGAGGAGCUUGCUAAUAGAAAAGCCGAUACAUACGAACUGGAAGCUUUGCGUGGUCAUAUAUUCAAUUUAACUUCAGAGUUGCAACUCGCACAACAGCAGGUGGAAGUAGGUGUUCAAUGUAAACAGGAAUUGGCACGCUUAGAGUCGGAAUUCAUAGUUAUGAGUGAGGUGCAAAUAAAGUGCCGCGAUAAACUUUCGGAGAUAGACAAUUUCAAGGCACGUGACGAGGAAUUCCAUAUGCUUCAAACCAACUACAAUAAAGAGUUAAAAGAUGUGCGUCACAUGUUAGAGGAAAAAACUUCGCAAUUGGAUAGUGCAAAACAUAAAAUUAACGAGCUACAAGCGCAGCUACAGAGUAGCGAUAAAGUUAUCACUGAUCAAAAGCGAUUGUUAAAAACAGUUAAAGAUGAAUACGAGGAAAUGUUUAAGGCGCUUAGCAAGAAAUACGAUGUACAGAAAAGCAUUAUAAUGCAAAUGGAAGAAAAGAUUAUGAUGUCGGUGUACAAACCACAGGGUGGAGUAUUCCUAACUACUUGUUCGCCAGACACUGAUAAGACCGAUGUCGCCUCGUCGAUGGAUCGAAAUUCACCUUUAUCGACCUCGUUAGCUUCGAGUGAAAGUUUAUCGGCAAGCUUACGUUCAACAGAGCUUCGAAAUUUGCAUCAAUUAGUUGAAACACCUACAACUGAGGUAAGCGCCGGAGGAAAUGGAAUUUCCGCUAGUGCUGUCAAGGGUAGUGCGAACAUUAUUGAAGGGAAACGUUUACCAGCACCAGAUUUGGCUAGUUCUGCAAUGACGGCCUCGUCAACCGCUGCAGCGAGUGCCAUCAACAUUAUAGCUAGUACAAGUACUGCAGCGGCAGCAGCAGUGUCAUCGACCGCCUCAGCUCAGGCACAAAACUACGAAUCAUCGAGUGGAAAAAGCAGUCAUAUUCAUCCACAUGUACAUUUGCAACAAUAGCAAAGAUAAAACAAAUUAGUAAAGAGAAUAUUAAAUUAUGAUCGCAGUAUUACGGCGAUUCAUAUAAAAGCAA